AUUUCAAACCAGUGGGAAUUCGGAACGAAGCAAGAUAAGAGAAGAUCUGGUUGAGGCGAUAAUGAACAUGCUAAGGGCCUCUAAUGUUCAUGUGAAGACUUUCAGAAAUGCAAAGGACAGAUUUAAUAAUGAAGACGAACGGGAAGAGUUAUCUCUGGUUUUGAUUCACAGUCGACUAAAGGAUGGUCGUGUUUACAAUUUGCCCACUUCUUCUGAAGUAGCUGCAUUAGUGGUUGGAGAUUUUCAGGAAAAUAUGGACAAGCGUGAUAUUAUUUUGGAGAAAAAUUCUGGUAAGCUGAAAAGGAUCAAUGAAUUGCAUCCUUGCUAUCUUCCACUUCAGUAUCCACUCAUUUUUCCAUAUGGAGAAGAUGGCUUUCGCUUAGGUAUCCAACAUGGUUUCACGGGAUUAAAAAAAAAUAGAAAACCCAACAUAAGUAUGAGGGAGUUCUUUGCAUAUCGGAUUAUGGUUCGUGAGGUUGGUUCGCAGGUCCUUCUACUAUCACGCCGUUUACUUCAACAGUUUCUGGUGGGUGCCUAUACUAUGAUCGAGAGCCAUCGUCUUCGAUAUAUUCGGAAAAACCAGUCAAAUCUCCGGACACUGAAAUUUAGCAAGUUUGUUGCUGCUGCAAAUGAUGGCAAUUCUAGCGUGGCUAUAGAAGGUAACCGCAUCAUCAUUCCAUCAUCAUUCACAGGUGGUCCAAGGUAUAUGCAUCAAAUGUAUUUGGAUGCCAUGUCUAUAUGCAAAUACUUUGGAUUUCCAGAUCUUUUUAUAACCUUCACAUGUAACCCUAAGUGGCCCGAGCUAACAAGGUAUUUUAAGAAGUACAACCUCAAGUCUGAGGAUCGACCAGAUUUGUGUUGUAGACUUUUUAAAAUUAAGCUUGACAGCAUGAUGGAUGAUCUUACAAAAAAGCAGCUUCUUGGAAAGACAGUCUCUGCUAUCUAUACAAUAGAGUUUCAGAAAAGAGGACUCCCACAUGCUCAUAUUCUAUUGUUCAUGGACUCUAAGCACAAACUUCCAAAUGCUGAAGAUAUUGAUCGCAUCAUAGCAGCUGAAAUCCCUGAUAAAGCCGAAGAACCAAGAUUAUAUGACAUUGUCAAGGACAUGAUGAUUCAUGGUCCAUGUGGGAAGGUUAAUAGAGAUUCUCCAUGUAUGCAAGAUGGGAAGUGUAGCAAAUUUUUUCCUCGAAAACAUGUUGAGAAGACAACUGUGGAUGAACAAGGGUAUCCUGUUUAUAGGAGACGAGAAAAUGGGUGCUCUGUUGAGAAGAAAGGAAUUCCAUGUGAUAAUCGGUUUGUGGUUCCCUACAACAAGGAGCUAUUGCUUGCGUAUAAUGCUCAUAUUAAUGUGGAAUGGUGUAAUCAGUCGCGGUCUAUUAAGUACUUAUUUAAGUACAUUAACAAAGGCCAAGACCGUGUUACAGGAACGGUUACUCAGAAGUGUAGUGUCGAGGCUACUUUGGCAGGAACAUCAACUAACACGGCAGAUGUAGUAGGUGAUACCAGAGCCACAGAAGCUGAUAGGACAGCUGCAGAUGGAGGGGAACCAACUAUUGACGAAAUUAAAAACUAUUUCGAUGCAAGGUAUAUAUUGUUUAUGUUCUAUGUGACUUCUAUAUUGUUUUAUAUAAAAUUUUCUUUAAUUGAAGUCAAUUCCAUUUGUUUAUUUAUAAAUAGAUAUCUAUCUGCUUGCGAAUCGUCAUGGAGGAUUCUAGCAUUCCCAACGCAAUACCGUUCUACACCUGUGGAGAAGCUUACGUUUCAUCUUGAGGGAGAGCAACCAGUAGUCUACAAACAUGGUGAUACUGUCGAAAGUGUAUUGGCUCGAGUGCAGCUUACAAAGACUAUGUUUUUAGCUUGGUUUGAUUGUUGUGAACUAUACCCUGAAGCUAGAGAAAUUACAUAUGUGGAAAUGCCUACCCGAUUUGUCUAUGAUGCUAAGCAAAAGGUUUGGAAUCCAAGAAAGAAAGGUUUUGCUAUUGGAAGGUUAACACCCGUUUCUCCAGGUUCUGGCCCACGUUAUUUUCUGAGGGUUCUUCUUAACAAGGUAAAGGGUCCAAGGUGCUACAAUGAUAUCAAGACGGUUAAAGGGAUAAUCCUACCCAGUUAUGAGGAUGCCUGUUACGAGCUUGGUUUGCUGGAUGACGACAAAGAGUAUAUUGAAGGAUUAAAAGAAUGCAGUUUUUGGGCUUCCAGCGGGUACGUGCGCCACUUAUUUGCAAAGAUGUUGUUAUCUGGGUCUCUAUCUAUGCCGAAAUUAGUAUGGGAAUCAUGCACUGAUAUAUUAUCAGAAGAUGUCCUAUACAUUGAGAGGAAGAAGCCAUUUAUUCUGUCUUCUAACAAACUAUUUUUUAUUGGCAUAUCAGGACUCAUUUUGAGUGAGGAAGAAGUGCUGAAUGAAACGUUAGUAUUGAUUGAAAAAAUACUGCGUUCAAAAAAUAGUUCACUGGCUAAGUGGGAGACAAUGCCAAAACCUGUUUUUAUUGAUCAUUCUGUUUAUGACAACAAUCUAUUACAAGAGGAGCUAAACUACGCAAGAGAAGAAUUGCGAGGGCAACAUGACGAGUGGAUUACACAGUUGACUGAUGAGCAAAGGUCUGUUUAUGAUGCAAUUCUAGGAUCGGUUAUGAGUGGUAAAGGUGGAGUCUUUUUUGUCUAUGGGUUUGGAGGAACGGGAAAAACAUUUUUAUGGAAUAUUCUUUCAGCUGCAAUAAGGUCAAAGGGUGAUGUUGUUCUUAAUGUUGCAUCUAGCGGUAUUGCUUCUUUAUUGCUUCCAGGUGGGAGGACCGCUCAUUCAAGGUUUGGUAUUCCUAUAAGUCCAGAUGAGUUCUCCACUUGCAAUAUAGAACCUGGAAGCAAUCAGGCCGAAUUGGUUGCGAAGGCUUCAAUGAUUAUUUGGGACGAAGCCCCUAUGAUGAGCAAACAUUGCUUUGAGGCGUUGGAUCGUACUUUAUGUGACAUUAUGAAGACUACUGAUGGAAGGCCAUUUGGUGGCAAAGUAGUUGUUUUUGGUGGUGAUUUCCGGCAAAUACUACCAGUAAUUCCAAGGGGAAACCGAGCUGAUAUUGUCAUGGCGGCGCUAAACUCUUCUUAUCUAUGGAAGCAUUGCAAAGUGUUACAGCUGACAAAGAAUAUGAGGCUCUUUUCAGAAACAGAUCCUCGAGAAGCUGAGGAGAUUAAAAAAUUUUCCGACUGGAUUUUGGAUGUAGGUGACGGAAAGAUUAACGAGCCAAACAGUGGAGAAACUAUGAUUGAUAUUCCUAAAGAUCUGCUGGUUAUGAAGUGCACUGAUCCUAUUGAAGCUAUCGUCUCUGAAGUAUAUGGCAACACUUUCAAAGAUUCGAAGGAUCCAUUAUUUUUCCAGGAAAGAGCAAUAUUGUGUCCUACGAACGAAGAUGUUGAUGUUAUUAACAACUAUAUGCUUGAUCGUCUAGCAGGUAAUUUUUUAGACGUUGCACACUAUUAAACGUUAGCUAUCAGUUUUGUUGCUACUAUGUUCUUUUAUACUGUGUAUCAUAGGAUUCUUA